AUGUCCUCUCAACAUAUACAAAUGAAUGCAUGGGCAACAACGAACAUUGAUCUUUCUAAUCAUCAUGAUUUGUCGAAAAGCAAAAAUGGAAACAAAACCGUUUCGAAUGGUACUUGCAAAGUCGAUGAUAAUCAACAUCAUUCAAAUGAUCAGAACAACAAACGAUGGACACUAUCAGAAUAUUGUUCAUCAUUAUCACCAUUGUUUUAUGGUCUAUUAUUAGGUGCACUUAUUGCUGGUUUGAUAUUGGCUGUUGUAACUACAUUUUGGUUAACAUCAUCUAAUGAGAACGCAUCAACAACAGAAGGAUGGUCGAUUACUGGUGCAACAAAUUAUGCUCGAUAUUUGCACACAGCAUCUGUAUUAACGAAUGGAAAAGUAUUAGUCACUGGUGGGUUCAAUGGUAGCGUUUAUUUAAAUAAUACUGAAUUAUAUGAUCCACCAACAGGAGUCUGGACAGUCACUGGUAGUAUGAAUUACGCUCGAUAUAUACACACAGCAUCUGUAUUAACAAAUGGAAAAGUAUUAGUUGCUGGUG